AUGUUCUCAGAUAUUUGCAAACGGUAUUUACGAACAUUGCGAACAAGAAAUUCCACUAGAAAUUACACCGACCAUAGAAUCAUACCAUGCACCCUCGUCCCAGGUGAUGGAGUUGGUCCAGAAAUGGUCCAUUCGGUUCAAGAGGUCUUCCAUGCAGCCAGCGUACCCAUGGAGUUCGAAACCAUCUUCUUCUCAGAAAUAAACCCGCUGAAGAGCGCCACUUUGGAACAAGUGGCCAGUUCCAUAUCGAGAAACAGGGUCUGCCUGCACGGUAUCGUAGCUACCCCAGACCUCAGUGCUACAGGGGAACUCCAGAACCUCAACAUGAAGCUGAGAAAGAGGUUGAAUCUCUUCGCUCAGGUUGUCCAUGUGAAAUCCCUACCGGGAAUCAAGAGUAGGCACGCUGGUGUAGACUGUGUGAUCAUCAGAGAACAAACCGAAGGUGAGUAUUCUGCUCUGGAACACGAAACAGUCAAAGGCAUGGUAGAGUGUUUGAAGAUAGUCACCAAGAAGAAGUCUGAAGAGAUUGCCAAGUUCGCAUUCGAUUACGCUGCAGGAAACAAGAGGAGCAAAGUCACAGCAGUCCACAAGGCCUCCAUAUUCAAGCUCACUGAUGGGAUGUUUUUGAAAUCCUGCGAGAAAAUGGCAGAGCUAUACCCGAAGAUCAAGUUCCAAGCGAUAUCAAUCGAUCACUGUACUAUGGCCAUGGUUUCCUCCCCUCAGCAGUUCGACGUCUUGGUCACUCCCAAUUUGUACGGCACUAUUUUGGAGAACAUCGGGGCAGCCUUGGUUGGAGGGGCAGGUGUUGUUGCCGGCUCGUCAUAUUCAUCGGAUUGUGUCAUCUACGAGCCUGGAGCUAGACACGCGUUUGCCAGGGCUACCGGCCAGGACAUUGCUAAUCCUACGGCCAUGUUGCUAUGCGGCGUUAAGUUGCUUAGACACGUGAAUCUACCGGAAUACGGAGAAAUGCUCAAGAAAGCAGUGCUGAAGGUUUUGGGGGAAGGGAAGGUCAGGACCAAGGAUAUUGGCGGUGACUCCACUACGCAGGAAUUCACAAAAGCUGUUAUCCAUAAUCUGGACUUGCAUUCGCUGAAUGCGGUUUAAUUGAACUUUGUGUAUUAAUUAGUUAUAUAAUAGUGCUUUGAUCAUUUAUAUUCAGCGAAUGUGUUUUGAAAUAACUGUUUAUGAGUAAUGAGUAGUCUAUAAAUUAAAUUCUCAGAUGUUUUCAACGAAUAAUCCACUUGUGAAGAGAUUGAAAUAUGUUGCAAGUGAAUGAGUCUUCAAGGCUCUCUACUACGACCUUCGUGAGUUCAUCAAUGAUUGUGACCUCUAGCUUAUUAACGAUGCAGAUGAUUUGAGGGUUGGUUCAAUGACUGCAAUUCAUCUGUCAGAUAAUGCUCAACUUCUAGUUAACUAGGUUGGGUAUUAUCCAGCAGGUAAAUUAUUGUAUUCA